UCCUAAAAUUUAGCAUAAACUAUUAAUGAAUGUAACUUGUUUGAAUAAAAUAAUCGUUUAAUUGCAAGACUAAAACUUGCCUUAAAAUCCCCAACUUACCCGAACAAUUUCCAACGGUAUGCUUGUUUGGGGCAAGCAUGGAUGGCCCAGAGCCGAAAGAAGAAAUGCAACUCUGCAUGUGAGCUCCAUGGAUUGAACUCCACACUCUCACACAACCAUUGUUGAUCCUCAUCAUCAUUUAUAACAAGCCACGUGUCAAGUGAUGAGAGUUGCGUCCCACCCAGAGCUCCUCUGCAACUAUCCGUUAAAAAAAGGAUGAAACUUGGUGGGCUGUUCAAUGGGGAAAUCUCUCUCUCUCCUCUUUCUCCACACCAAAUUUGAAAAACCCAACAAAAAUGGAAAAAGGAAAAUGAAGAAGGGCAAGCGUGCAGAAACAAAAGAUUAAAAAGAAAAAAAAAAUACAGAAAUAAAGAGAGUAAACGAUUAUAAUAAUACCUAUCGGUUUGCCAUUCCAAGAUGUUUUUAAUCUGUCUGAUGUUUGUCUUUGUACAGAUCGGACGGUGGAGAUUAUGGGAGGAUGAGUAAUUGGACUAUCAGUUCACUCAUAGUCAACACUCUGUCAGCUUUUUCCAGUAAAAAAGAUAAAAGAAGCUCUCUUGAGCCCCUGUUCGAGGUGGUGAUUCCUUGCAUUUCCCUUCUUCUGAUGUUCAGCUUCUUCUCGAAAAGAUCAGAGCUUCACUUGAAGUGAUUCUUCUUCUCCCCAGUGGUCUAAUCUCACUCUCUUCAAAGACCCUUCUCUUCAUCUUCUCUCCCUGCAACUUCCUUCUGCUAACCUCUCUGGUUCCUUGCCUAAGGAGAUUGGUGAGUUCACCAUGCUCCAAAGUCUCUAUCUCAACAUAAACUCUUUGACUGGACCCAUUCCACUCGAACUUGGUUAUAGCUCCUCUCUUUCUGACAUUGAUUUGAGUAGCAAUCUGUUGAGUGGAGCUUUUCCACCCUCGAUCUGGAAUCUGUGUGAUAAACUUGUUUCUGUCAGGCUUGAUGGAAAUUCAUUAUCUGGGUCUCUGCCUGAGCCGGCUUUACCAGAUUCCACCUGCAAGAGGUUGGAGGCUUUGGAUUUUGGCAACAACCAGAUUUCAGGUACUUUCCCAGAAUUCAUUACUCGAUUUCAGGGCUUGAAAGAGCUUGAUCUUGGGAACAAUUUGUUGUCUGGACCAAUCCCUCAGAGCAUAGGCCAGUUAGAGCUGGAGAAGUUGAACCUUUCAAAUAACAACUUCAGUGGAAUGUUGCCUGUGUUUAGUAAUAACUCAAAGUUUGGUGUGGAGGCUUUUGAAGGGAACAGUCCUGGGCUUUGUGGGGAGCCUUUGAAAAGCUGUGCAGGAGCUUCUCAUUUGAGUUCAGGCGCCAUUGCUGGUCUUGUUAUCGGCUUGAUGACUGGGACGGUUGUUUUAGCUUCAUUGCUUAUUGGUUAUAUGCAAAACAAGAAGAAGAAGAUAACUGAGAGUGAAGAUGAGAUUGAGGAAGGAGAAGAUGAAGAAAAUGGUGGUGGCGGUACCGGCGGGGGCACAGGUGGUGAAGGAAAGCUCAUUUUGUUUCCGGGUGGUGAGCAUUUGACAUUGGAUGAUGUCUUGAAUGCUACAGGGCAGGUUAUGGAGAAAACGAGCUAUGGCACGAUAUAUAAAGCAAAGCUUGCUGAUGGAGGUACCAUUGCUCUGAGACUCCUGAGGGAAGGUAGUUGCAAAGACAGAAACACUUGCUCGUCUGUGAUUAAACAAUUGGGAAAGAUUCGCCAUGAGAAUUUGAUUCCUUUGAGAGCGUUCUAUCAGGGAAAGAGAGGAGAAAAGCUGCUCAUUUAUGACUAUCUGCCCAUCAGAACUUUACAUGAUUUUCUUCAUGAAUCUAGAGCAGGAAAACCAGUGUUGAACUGGGCUAGGAGGCACAAGAUUGCGUUAGGCGUCGCCCGGGGAAUAGCUCAUCUUCACACCGGUCUUGAAGUCCCCAUUACACAUGGUAAUGUGAGAUCAAAAAAUGUACUUGUCGACGACUUCUUUACAGUGAGACUGACAGAGUUCGGGCUCGACAAGCUAAUGAUUCCAUCGGUAGCUGACGAGAUUGUAUCGCUUGCAAAGUCGGACGGGUACAAGGCACCAGAGCUGCAAAGGAUGAAGAAAUGCAAUUCAAGAACAGAUGUGUAUGCAUUUGGGAUCUUGCUGUUAGAGAUUCUGAUUGGGAAGAAGCCAGGGAAGAGUGGAAGAAGUGGAGAGUUUGUGGAUCUGCCGUCAAUGGUAAAAGUGGCAGUUCUGGAGGAGACAACAAUGGAGGUUUUUGAUGUGGAGGUUUUGAAAGGGAUUAGAAGUCCCAUGGAAGAUGGAGUGGUUCAGGCGUUGAAGCUCGCAAUGGGCUGCUGCGCACCAGUGGCUUCUGUGAGACCCUCCAUGGAUGAAGUUGUGAAGCAGCUGGAAGAGAACAGACCAAGAAACAGAUCUGCUCUGUACAGCCCAACAGAAACAAGAAGUGAAAUUGGUACCCCUUUUUGAUCCCUUUUUUGUCACUUCAAAAUCAUGAUGAUCUUCACUAAUAUCAUUAUAUUCCACUCUCUUUCACUUUUUCUCUUAUUUUUUACAAGAACAUGCUGAUAGUGUUCAUUCAUGCUAGUAACAGGUAUUUAUACAUAUUCUUGUGAGCUUUAUUUGUUCUUUUUUCUGAUUGACAAUACACACAUUCAAGAGUUUAGCUUCA